UGAAACCAAGCCAAAAAGUGCCGUUCAAAGGCGCACAAAGGCACCCAUGAGAAACCAGCUGAGCGGCCAUUGAAUCACUGAGAAAGGGGUAGCAGCUCCUAAACCUGCCAGGUGACCUCUGUCCCAAUCUCAAGGAAAGACUGUGCGCUCACAAACAUAAACAGAAGAAAACACCUAACCACCAGCACGGCACUCGUCAUCACCAAUGACAGCAACGCACAGAGUCCACACACCUCUCUCUGCUCUCGCUCUCUAAUUCCCUCCGGUUACUAUGAGCUGGGAAAGACUUGGGAUUGUUGAAGAAGUGAACACCAGAUGAGAAGAGUCCACCUUGAGUUCCUCUGAAGGACAGGAGCCACAGCAUGACUCCAGGAUUUAUAUGGACUUUGGCACUUUUGUGGACUAUCACUCAGGCUGAGGCAAAGUCUCAAGAUGUCCAGGUCACUUGUUUCUACGCCAGAGACUGCAUCCUGCCAUGCAUCUUCUCUCCAGUGGGGGGCGAGGUGGUCCGCUGGUACCGUCCUGGUAACAGCCUCAUCCUAAGCAGCGACCGAAAUGAUACCCAGGAGCAGAACUAUGUUGGCAAGGUGGUCCUGUUCGAGGACCAAGUCGCCCUUGGUAAUGGCUCCCUCCUCCUCCAGCAUUGCCUGCCGCAGGACAGGGGGAGAUACAGGUGUCGUGUGACUGGCCAGCAGGAGGCGCCAGAGACCACAGUCACUGUCAGAGUGGAGGCUCCUAUGCGCUCUCUGACUCUGGAGACGACCAGGCUGAGCGGCUACGAGGAGGUGCUGUGCUCCACGCGUAACGUCUACCCCGCCCCGAACCUGGCCUGGUCAACGGAGCCGCCCACAGCCAAAAACGCACUGAAGCACACCACCCACAAAAGGGAGACCAAGGGCCUGUACACGCUGGAGAGCAAGCUGAGGAAACUGAGAGGGACGUCCAGCCUGACAUACGUCUGCACCGUGACCGCUGCCUACGGCGCCCAGACAUGGAGGGCCUCUCUGAGCGAAACAGAGGUCAGCAACACUGAGGGCGGUGACCUCAUCCUCCCCUGCAGAGCCCCUAAAGACCUGCACAACUUUACCCUCACAUGGUACUUCCUGCCCGCGGAUCACCCCUUGGUCAUCCUCACGUACAACAGCUCCACCCAGUGGACAGCCAAGGAAUGGGCGGACCGAGCCCAGCUGGACGGGCUCAGAUGGAAGGCUGGGGACGGAUCUCUGAAGCUUCAGAACCCGCAGAGCUCAGAACACUCAGGAACCUACACCUGUUCCUUCACGGCCCACCAGAACACACAUGUGGUCCACAUCAGAGUAAAUGUCACCGCCACUAGAGGCGAGAAGGCAGAGAGAGAGGCAGAGGCAUCGUCUUCUUGGUGGAUAGCUGCUGUGGUUGUAGCUGUGCUAGCCAUUGCAAUGGCAGCUGUCGUUGGGAUCCUAAAGCUCAGAGCUGAUUGUUCUCAGUCGGAGAAGAGGAUGGAGGAGGCUACUAUGAUGCACCCUAUAAGAGAUGAAAAAGAUGCUGAGAUUUCGUCUGAGAACUUUCAUUUGGCAGAGCACCAGAGUGAUGGCCACACAUAGCCCAACUUGACAGUGUUCUAAGAGAUGAAAUGUGUGUCUACUCCAUCGCCCCCAUCACCUGGUCUGACUACAAGACUGUGCCCAUAGGCAACGUCAUGAUGAACAAACAACAAAACAAUACUGUGGUUGGUUAUUCACAAAGACAUGGUCAAAAAGACUCCAAACAUCACACUGACCUCUCAGAGGCAUGAAGGACUGGAAGUGGAAGUGUGUGUGUGUGUGUGUGCAGCUCAGAGAAUAAUUCACCUGUGGCCUCUAGAUCUUUAAUAAUACAACAGUCCUUAUACUGUAGGUGGACAGCUGAAUUACUGAAUGUACAGCCUUCCUCUCAGUUACUACAGUGUAACUGACAGGAUCAUGCUUUUAGAAAUGAAAGACAGAAAAGUACUGAUAUCUUUAACUCCACAAUUGCCUUGAUUAACAAAAUUGCUUUGGAGUUUAUGGUAUAGUGUCAAGCAUGAACAAGAGACUUUUUCUACGUUUUUGAAGAUAAAUCGAAAACCC